UUAGUCGUUCUUCCAUAGAGCAAUUUCAAAUGCGAACUGGCGGUUGAAGGCACUGGAUGUUUAAUUACAAUCACUAAAAUAUUAUAUAGAAAUGCGCGACUUGCUACUCACUUUGCUGGGCCUUCAGUUUUUCGGGGCAAUCAAUUCUCAGAUGUUGCCUAAAGAAAUUCCAAAAUGUAACUUUGGAGAUUCGCAGUGUAUUGUCAAAUCUAUGAACGCGCUGAUACGAAAGUUUCCCAGAGGAAUACCUGCGCUGGGUCUGAAACCCAUUGACGUGGUGGACAUCAAGGACUCAAAGUUCUGGGACGACGACCGAGUAGGAGGUUUCUGGCUGAAGUUUUUCCUAUACGAACAGGUGAACUAUGGAUUCGAGAACACGACCAUCACGAAGGUAAAUGGCUUCGAUGAGAACCCCACCUCCAGUUUGAUAGAGAUUCAUGGUCGGAUACCCAGUCUCAUCCACAAGGGUAGCUACUUCUCGGAGGGCAGGGCGUGGCUGGUCCAGUUGAACUCCACUGGCGAAUCCUUCUCGGACUUUCAGAACUUUCGCUUCGUCCUCAAGCUGAAGGUAAUCAUGGAGUAUCGGAACCACAAGCGCUACCUGAAGAUCUACGAGCUGAAUCCCUUUGUCAAUAUGGAUCGCUGGGUGUUCUGGUUGGACAACUUUUUCGCUGAAAAUACGGAUGCCACAAUAGCCAUAAACCAUGUCUUCAACAAGCAUUGGGUGGAGUUCUGGAACGAACUGGAGCCCCAGAAUCUGAAAAUCUUUGCCGGAGUAUUUCGUGGCAUCUUUGAGGAUGUAUUCGCCAAAAUUUCAUACGACGAUAUGUUCCUGCCGGUCUACAAAGAAUCCGAAGUGAACGAUUAAAAUCAAAUCGUAAAGCAACUGCAUUCCAGUUUUAUUGCAUUUGUGGAAGGACAAAUAUGACUAUUGCACGCAAACCGGUUAAAUUAGCAUUAAAUAUUUUAGUCUAGUCGGUUAGUUUAUUGUAAAUUGUUGAAAAGCUUUUCUAAUAGGCGGUUCUUAGUAGUUGAAACUCUAUUAAUUGUUCCGUGACGUGACAGUUUUAACUCGCAAAACGUAAUGAUAAAUUAUGCAAUUGCUCCCGUA